UUCCCCGCUGGGGUCCUGCCCACCACCCUAUGGAGCCGACAGUUCUCGGGACUCAGGGCGGGGCGAGAGGCUGGGCCAGGGGCUGGAGGGUCGGGAGGAGGAGAAAGAGAAAGCAGAGGCGAGAGAAAUUAGGAGACGGGAGAAAUCGAGGGGUAGAAGGAAGAGGGGAGUCAGAGGAUGGUGGAGAGCACUUUUUGGAAGCCGCCACACCAAGUCUCAGGCUGGCCUGGCUGAACUGGGGGAGAGGGAGCACGGGCGGCGCAGAGCUGGCGCUCAGGCAGCGGGAGGCAGCUCGGCGCGGGCCUGACCUCCCCAGAGCGCCCCGCUGCGGCCGCGCAGGUCCGGCCUCAUAGUCCAGCCCGUCCCGGACUGGCCGCUGGGCCUCCCCUGGGGACGCUGAGCGCUCUCGCGGUGUCCGGGUGGGCUGGCCGGAGAGCGUGCGGGCCGUGCGCCCUGGGCGCGCGAGGCGGUGAGGCCCUGGGAGCCCUGCGCGCCGGGACGCACGGGCCGGCAUGGCGAUGCACGCCCUCACCGGCUUCUCUCUGGUCAGCCUGCUCAGCUUCGGCUACCUGUCCUGGGACUGGGCCAAGCCGAGCCUAGUGGCUGACGCGCCCGCGGAGGCCGGCGAGCAGCCCUCGGCCGCUCCACGCCAGCCUCCCCACAUCAUCUUCAUCCUCACCGACGACCAGGGCUACCACGACGUGGGCUACCAUGGCUCAGAUAUCGAAACCCCUACGUUGGACCGGCUGGCAGCCGAGGGUGUCAAGUUGGAGAAUUAUUAUAUCCAGCCCAUCUGCACGCCUUCGCGGAGCCAACUUCUCACGGGCAGAUACCAGAUCCACACAGGACUGCAGCAUUCCAUCAUCCGUCCUCGGCAGCCCAACUGCCUGCCCCUGGACCAGGUAACACUGCCCCAGAAGCUGCAGGAGCUGGGUUACUCUACCCACAUGGUGGGCAAGUGGCACCUGGGCUUCUACCGGAAGGAGUGCCUGCCCACCCGCCGGGGCUUUGACACCUUCCUGGGCUCGCUCACAGGCAACGUGGACUACUACACCUAUGACAACUGCGACGGCCCGGGGGUGUGCGGCUUUGACCUGCACGAGGGUGAGAGUGUGGCCUGGGGGCUCAGCGGCCAGUACUCCACUCUGCUCUAUGCCCAGCGCGUCAGCCACAUCCUAGCCAGCCACAGCCCCCGGCGGCCCCUCUUCCUCUAUGUGGCCUUCCAGGCGGUCCACACACCCCUGCAGUCCCCUCGCCAGUAUCUGUACCGCUACCGCACCAUGGGCAACGUGGCCCGGCGGAAGUAUGCGGCCAUGGUGACCUGCAUGGAUGAGGCCGUGCGCAAUAUCACCUGGGCCCUCAAGCGCUAUGGUUUCUAUGACAACAGUGUCAUCAUCUUCUCCAGUGACAAUGGUGGCCAGACCUUCUCGGGGGGCAGCAACUGGCCGCUGCGAGGACGCAAGGGCACUUACUGGGAAGGGGGCGUGCGGGGCCUGGGCUUCGUCCACAGCCCCCUGCUCAAGCGAAAGCGAUGGACAAGCCGGGCACUGGUGCACAUCACUGACUGGUACCCGACCCUGGUGGGUCUGGCAGGUGGCACCGCCUCGGCGGCCGAUGGGCUGGACGGCUAUGACGUGUGGCCAGCCAUCAGCGAGGGCCGGGCCUCGCCACGCACAGAGAUCCUGCACAACAUUGACCCGCUCUACAACCACGCCCGGCAUGGCUCCCUGGAGGGUGGCUUCGGCAUCUGGAACACUGCUGUGCAGGCCGCCAUCCGCGUGGGCGAGUGGAAGCUGCUGACGGGAGAUCCGGGCUAUGGCGAUUGGAUCCCACCCCAGACACUGGCUGCCUUCCCCGGCAGCUGGUGGAACCUGGAGCGGAUGGCCAGCGCCCGCCAGGCUGUGUGGCUCUUCAACAUCAGUGCUGACCCCUACGAACGGGAGGACCUCGCUGGCCAGCGGCCGGAUGUGGUCCGAGCCCUGCUGGCCCGCUUGGUGGACUAUAAUCGCACAGCCAUCCCUGUGCGCUACCCGGCUGAGAAUCCCCGAGCCCAUCCUGACUUUAAUGGGGGUGCUUGGGGGCCCUGGGCCAGCGAUGAGGAAGAAGAUGAAGAAGAGGAGGAAGGCAGGGCUCGAAGCCUUUCCCGAGGGCACCGUAAGAAAAAAUGCAAGAUUUGCAAGCUGCGAUCCUUUUUCCGUAAACUCAACACCAGACUAAUGUCCCACCGGAUCUGAUGAUCCUUCCCCACGCAAGCCUGGCCCUGGUCCUCACCAGCGAGGGGCCCCAGGUCAAGACCUCAUCUGCAGGGAAAUGGAGGGUGUAGGGCUCCUCAGUUGCCUCAGUUGAAGGCUGGGGAGCUUGGUUUAGGAGUCGGGAGAGAAUAAACUAGACUGGGAUCCCUGGGUCCCAGUCCCACCUCUC